AUGAAAACCCAGCUCGAAAACAUGGGUUUGGAUUACCAGGCGCCUGUGAUUCCAGGCAAGGCGCCCUCCCGUCCAAAGAAGGGCGCUUCCAAGAAAGGGAAGGGCAAACCCGCCUCCUCUCGCGCAAAGGGUACAAGUGAAGCUGAUGCGCCUGCUGCGCCGUCCGGCAAAGAAAAUGGGCGCUCAAGCCCUCGGAGGAUUAAGCCACAGAGAGUGCCCAGCGAGAAGAAUGCGCCUGCUGAUAUCCCCCCUGAAACAGAGGCGCCUGGGUCUGCUCAGUCCGACCAUGCCUUGGAUAUUGAUGAGGUCCCUCUUUCUCAUAGGCUCAAAAGGAAGGCCGAUGAUGGUGAAUCGGCGCAUGGCAAGAAGCAGCGCACUGGCGAGGAGGCGCAUGUUCCUGCCUUUGUAGAGAAGUGGCUACAGCCGCCCAGGCACAAGGUUGUCGUGGAAUGCUCAGACAGGUCCGCCCUGGAGCGAAGCUAG